GGCGCCGCGGGGCCGGUCCGGCUGCGGCUCCCGCCAUGGCCACAUCGCCGUGCAGCAGCAGCGGCGUCUCCUCAGCGUGGCCGGCGGGGCUGGGCGCGGAGGCGGCGCUGGAGAUCCGCACGCGCUCGGUGGAGCAGACCCUGGUCCCGCUGGUGUCGCAGAUAACUACUCUUAUUAACCAUAAGGAUAAACCGAAGCGGUCAGACAAGACGCUGCAAGCAAUACAGCGGGUGGGCCAAGCAGUUAACCUAGCAGUUGGAAGAUUUGUUACCGUAGGAGAAGCCAUAGCCAAUGAAAACAGAGAAUUGAAAGAGGAAAUGAGUAUUGCUUGCUUUGAGGCAAAGCGAGCAGGUGAAACAAUUGCACAGCUUACAGAUGUUGCUAACUUGGAUCAUCCAGAAUCUGAUGGCCGGAUAACAAUUUUUACAGACAAAACAGGAGUAGUAAAAGCUGCAAGAUUGCUGCUUUCUUCAGUGACAAAGGUGCUGGUACUGGCAGACAGAAUAGUUAUUAAACAAAUUUUAGCUUCCAGAAACAAGGUUCUUGCAACAAUGGAACAGCUAGAGAAAGUGAGUAGUUUUCAAGAGUUUGUGCAAAUAUUCAGUCAGUUUGGAAAUGAAAUGGUGGAGUUCGCCCAUUUAACUGGAGACCGACAAAAUGAUUUAAAAGAUGAAAAGAAAAAAGCUAGAAUGGCAGCAGCUAGGGCUGUUCUUGAGAAAUGCACCAUGAUGCUUCUCACUGCUUCAAAGACAUGUCUGAGGCAUCCUGACUGUGAAUCUGCUCGUUUAAACAAAGAAGGAGUGUUUCACCGAAUGAGAUUAGCUUUGGAGCAGGUAAUAGAGAUCGUAACUGAGUCUAGACCCAGUGGAGAGAAUGAAAUGGCCGCCAUAAGUAUAUAUACGAGCAUCAAAGAAUUCAAGAAUAAGGUGGAAGGUCUACGGGAGAAUCUUUAUUUUUUCUCUAAGGAGAAUCUUUCAGCAAUGCUGGAACUCAUUCUGGAACACACAGAAGAUUUUACUGAUUCUGCCUACACCAGCCAUGAGCACAGAGAACGCAUCUUGGAGCAGUCCAAGCAGGCUAAAAUGGAACUAGAGCAGCUGGUUUCAGUAUGGAUGCAAGCUCAAAGCCAGAAAACAAAGGAUAUCGCCGAAGACUUGGAAGUAGCCAUACUAAAAACAUGCCAGUGUAUGAAUGAACUCAGAAGAGAACUUCACCAUGCAGCCACAUCACUGGCAGCAGACCUGCUAAGAUACCAUGCAGAUCACAUGGUUUUGAAGGCAUUAAAAAUCACAGGAGUAGAAGGAAAUCUAGAAGCUGUAGCAGAAUGUACUUGUAAGCUAUCUGAGCAGAAAGAGCAGCUUGUUGAGACAUGUCGCUUGUUGAGGCAUGUUUCUGGAACAGAGCCACUUGAAAUUACUUGCAUACAUGCAGAAGACACCUUUCAGGUCAUUGGCCCACAGAUAAUUUCUGCUGCAGAAACACUGACAUUACAUCCAUCUAGUAAGAUAGCAAAAGAAAAUCUUGAUGUGUUCUGUGAGGCUUGGGAGUCCCAGCUGAGUGACAUGUCCAUGUUGUUAAGAGAAAUUAGUGAUGUGUUCGAGGGAAGACGAGGAGAGAAGCGUGCCUACCUAUCACUUCCCAGGCCAGGGAAGCAUAAUGCAAAUCUGAAAGCAUUAAAGCCAGUCAAACUCGAUACUGAGGAACAAGCAAAACUUGGAAAACUUGGAUUAGAACUGCAUUUGCUCACGUCUGAUGUAGACUCUGAGACUGAGAAAUGGGAGGACCAGGAGAAUGAGAUUGUGCGCCAUGGACAAAGUAUUUCCAGCAUGGCCCACUCCAUGUACUUAUUUACCAGAGGAGAAGGGCUGCUGAAGACUACCCAGGAUUUAUUUCACCAAGCAGAGGUUUUUGCUACAGAGGGCAUAAAGCUUGCUUCAGUUCUCACUGCCUUUUCUAAUCAGCUAGAAGAAGAUGACAAACCUUUGCUUUUGUUGGAGAUUGACAAACUGAUCCCUGUGUGCCAGCAGCUUCAGAUAACAGCUAAAACCACUGUUCAGGGGAAGAAUGCUACUUUUACAAAGGUUGACACAUGCAUUCGGAAAACAAAAGGUGUGAUGACCAUAUUAUCCCAAGUUCUCCCACUCAGCUGCAAGCUACUGAAAAAGCUUUUUUGUUGUUUGUUUUUAAAGUGUGGAACUGGAAAUGGCUGGCUGAGAUCAUCUCAUCCAUGGAGAGAGAAUAGAUUACAAAGAAAUAAAAAUGAAGACGGCAUGGAAGGGAAAACUGAUGCCUUUGGAAUAAAAUUCUUGGAACAUCAUGUAGCAAAUCUGACAUUUUUAGAGAGCAAAUAAUUGUAGUAUUUAGGAAUGGAAGAAUUUCAUGUGGAAAUUACAAACUGGCUAAAGUUUCAAAGCUGCUUUCUUUUGUGAAAGAUACAGCAGGUUAUUUGAAUUAAAGCUGUUGUGACCUUCUCA